GGUCGUUGCUUACAACUGCAGCCUGCGUCCCAGCUCCCUACCGAGCCCAGUCAAAACACUAAAAUAAGCAUUACAUGGGAAUAUCACAGAAGUGAACUGCAGUACUAAAUCUCUUCCAAAUACAAUUUGAAUGAAAUAGGAAUAGGUAUUCAGAUUUUUGAUAAUAUCUCGAACGUGUGUCAGCACUUUAAAAUCCUGUUAAUGUUUUAGAAAGUGGCUUUUAACCUUUACCUAAAACAAACAAUGGUUAGUGGUGCACCUUACCAAAGUCCACUUCAGUAGUGAAAAAAAGGCAUCAACAUGUCCGAUCCUAUAACCAUGGAGCUAGAGCCCUCUCCCCCAGGGUUGGAGGCUGAGUAUCGAACCAUCUUUACCGCAGGAUCCCUGGUCUUCCUACAGGAACUGGUCUCAGCAUUUGAUGAAGAGGUCGACAAGAUCCUGAGGCUUAGAAUCUCCAGGAAGACCCACCUGGACCUGUCAGGUGACCUACCGGGGUUCUGUGAGGUCACAGCCCCCGUAAGAAGUGACCCUACCUGGAGGGUCCGUCCAGUCCCCCAGAGGCUGCAGAGGAGACAUGUGGAUGUGGGGGACCUGGCCCCCUGUGACACCCAGCGCUUCAUUCAGGCCCUCAGUUCCCCUGCACAGGGCCUACAGGUGGAUUUUGAUGAUGGGAACUGCCCAACGUACCACAACCAGAUAAAAGGCAUUUAUAAUGUUUACCGGGCGGUGCACAAUCAAUUUCCCAAUGCCCCCAAGAUAUCCCAGGCUCCUGUUCUGAUGCUCCGCCCUAGAGCCUGGAACAUGGUGGAACACAACAUGAUGGUUAAAGGCAAAGAGGUGCCAGGGCCGCUGUGUGAUUUCGGCUUCCUCAUGUUCCACUGUGGCAAGCUGUUGUUCGACAGCGAGAGUGGGCCAUUUUUCUAUCUUUCCAAAGUCGAGAGCUACAUGGAGGCGAGACUUUGGAACAACAUAUUCCUCUGGACAGAGCAGAAGCUGGGCCUGCCUGUGGGCAGCAUAAAGGCAACCGUGCUGAUAGAGAAUGUGCUGUCAGCAUUUGAGAUGGAGGAGAUUCUGUAUGAGCUUAAGGAUCACUCCGCUGGACUCAACUGUGGGAUCUGGGAUUAUUCCGCCUCCUUUGUCAACAAGUUUGGUCACCGAGGGGCCUUCCUGCUCCCUGACCGCAGUAAGUAUGUCAACAUGGAGAAGCUGUUCCUGCGGAGCUACAUGGACCUGCUGGUCCAGACAUGUCACCGUAGAGGAGCCCUGGCUACUGGAGGUAUGGCAGCCCUGCUGCUGCCUCAGGACAGGGACAGUGCCCCCUAUAGAGCAGCCUUGGCCAACGUCACCAGACUGAAGUUACUGGAGAUCAAAGCUGGUGUUGAUGGCUUCAUGGUGUAUGACCUGGGCUUGAUAGAGCCCAUGCAGAAACUCUUCCAGCUGCAUUCUCAGGGUGACAACCAGAUGCACCAGCUUAGAGAUGACCUCACGGUUACCCCCGACGACCUGCUCUGCAUGCCAGCGGGUGGAGUAACCCUGUACGGCUUGAAGUAUAACAUCGCUGUAGGAAUCCUGUUCAUAGAUGCUUGGCUCAAAGGCAAAGGUCACUUCUUCUACAGGGGACAGGUGGAAGAUUCUGCAACUGCAGAAAUCUCCAGAUCCCAGGUGUGGCAGUGGAUCCGUCAUCAGACACAGCUGGAGGAUGAUAGCAGGGUGGUGACCCGGGGUCUUGUGACAGAGCUGACCCAGGAGGUCAUGGGGGAGCUGAAGGUCGUCACACGUUUUCACACUGUCAGGGAGGAACAGAGGUUGUUGACAGCUGCAGCCAUGUUCCUGGAGGUUGUCCAGAAGAGAGAUUUCCCAGAGUUCCUCACCACCUACCUCAACCUGGACCACACCUUCCUCAGCUCCCACCCUCAAGCCAAAAGGCAUGAGGGUGGGGCAGCAGGGGACCUGCCCAGACCAAAACUCUGAAAUCCCUGUCCAACAUAGCAUGGUAUUUACAUCCCUCAUAGUACCUACGGUGAGCAUGUGAGGCAACGUGAGCAAAAGUGUUCCUCUUCAAGACCCUUCAAAUAAUUUUGAGUGUUUCUUGACAAUACUGAUCCAGAAUCCUUGAAUAAAAUACAAACUUCUGCAGGAAAAAUGGCAUCAGGAAAUAGCUUUUUAUUCAACUUUAGUUAUUGAUAAGUCCUCUGUGUGUUAGGAGUGGUCUGUGUGCAGAACUCAGUAUGAUUGACAAACGCCUUUCUCAAAAAAAUAAGAUGGAUUGGUAACAUUGGAUGAGCCUAUAACAUUUUACCAAUAAACAGAAAUAAAACCCCAAAACAAACCCCACUAA